AUGUCGGUCGAGACUGUUAGUGUUGAUCUGUCAUGGUUGAAAGAUGCGCUAGAAAUAAAGAAGAUAGGAGACUUAAGAUACGAGGGACUUGUACCUUUACAGAAACCCAAAGCUAGCGCUAGAGGUGUUUAUGGUGGUUUUCUCUGUGCCCAAGCUUUACUCGUAGCCAUGGAAACCGUUCCUGAGGGAUUCACGCCUCAUUCUAUGCAUUCAUACUUUGUUAAGGCCGGAGACGAUACCUUGGUUUGUCAGUACGAGGUCGAAAGAAUUAACGAUGGUAAGAAUUUUGCAAAUAGGUUGGUAAGAGUGAGCCAAAAAGGCACUUUAAAGUACAUGGUAAUGAUUUCUUUGACUCGCAAAAAUUCAAGAGAUGCCGCCGCUAAGGAACAUGAAGCAGGUAAUGGUGCACCUUAUCCUCUCGAUUUCCAAGGUCCUCCUUCAAAGGAUUUCCAUGAGCAUAAACCAGAGAACCUAGUUGUCAGCCCUCACCUCAAUGGAGCUUUACAGCAUUUCAUCCCACCAAGUUUCCAUAAUCCGGACCCUAAUGAGUUGUCUAAGUCCCCUGCUGAAAGAGACUUAUCUUUCUGGAUAAGAUUAAACGAUUUACCGCAAAAUACUAAGCUCAAGUAUGCUGGAUUCGGAGUCAUAUCGGAUUCUUUCUUUUUAAAUACAUUGGGUCGAAUUCUACACUUCCCAAAUCCAGCUGAGGGACUUACUAGUGUGCAAUACUUCUCAGUAUCCCUAGAUCAUUCUAUAUAUUUUCACGAUGAUUCUUUUGAUCCAACCAAGUGGAUGUUUUGCAGGUAUAAUUCUCCCAGAUUUUCAAACAACAGAGUCCUUAUGCAAGGAAGCUAUUACACUGAAGAAGGAAAAUUGGUAGCAUCAAUGGUUCAGGAGGGUUUGGUUUUCUUUCGUGAUAAUAUACACCUCAAGGCAAAACUCUGA